AACGAUGUCGUUGUGUUCCUUUCGUCCUGUACUUUUGCAUCGGUCCAGAUGCUCUGCCCGCAGCUGCGGGCGUGGAUCACACCAUCUCUUUGUUCGGCCCGGUGGGAUGAGGCUCGCAGUCUGCUCAGUGUUCGGCUCGAGGUGCUACAUCUCAUGGAUGUUGAAUUAUACUUGUUGAUAUUGGCCCAUGUGUGCGGCUAUUUGUUUGUAAGGUCCAGAAGGAGCUAGAUAAUAUGCAACAGCGGGGUGCUCACCCCACGGUGUUCCCUCGCACUGGGGGUAACAGCAAGAGAAGACGGGGUAUGGCCUGAGAAAGGACAAACG